GGACAAUUCGGACCCCUGCUGUAUAAAAGCACUCGUCGGCGACCUGGCAAUCGUCACUCCAUCGUGGUCGAACAAACAAGCAACAUGAUCGGAGCCUUCUGUAUCCUCUCACUCGUGGCGGCCGCGGCGGUCGGCCCGGCUGCCGCAGCCGACAUGGAGGGGCUCAUGGGUGCGCGCAUGGGUCGAGAGUUUUCCGGCACCCCCGUGGCCAUCACCGAGACCAAGUUCGUGAGCACCGGUGCGAGGCCCAUGGCCAGCGGCCGCUCUCUCUGGAGCUCCGAGGCCAAGAUGGGGGGCGCUGCCUCCGCCUGGGGCUCCGACGCCGAGGUGGGCUCUGGCCGCGCAGCCGCCUGGCGCGCGGACUCCGCCAUGUCCGGUGACAAGAUGAUGGCCUCCGGCCGCUCCCUGUGGGCCGGCCCCUCCGCCAUGAGGGCCGACGAGAAGGUGAUGUACUCCGGUCGCUCCCUCCUGAACACCGACGACAGGAUGGUUGCUACAGGUCGCUCUGCCUGGAAGUCGGAAGGCGCCCACCUGCACAAGGACGCGCAGCCCGCCAUCCCCAUCCUGCAGCAGGAGUACGAGAUGAACGACCCCACCAGCUACGCGUUCAGCUACAAGACCGCCAACGGUAUCGCCGCCCAGGAGCAGGCUGCCAUGAAGUCCGAGGAUGCCGAGGCCGUCCAGGGAGUCUACUCGUGGGUGUCCCCCAGCGGUGAGAAGUUCGCCGUGGAGUACGUCGCCGAUGAGACCGGAUACCACGCUAAGGGUGCCCACAUCCCCGAGAUGCCCCGCGCCAUCUCCCGCUCGCUCGAGUGGAACGCUGCCCACCCCGAGGAGGAGGACGGCCGCGCCGCCGCCGCCUGGGAGUCCGAGUCCAGCAGCGGCUCCGCAGCCUGGGGAUCCUCCGCCAAGAGCUCCGGCGCUAGCUGGGCAUCGUCCGCCAAAAUCGAGGCAGCCCCCGCCUGGACCUCCUCUGCCAAGCUGAGCGCUGCCUCUGGUCGCUCUGCUUGGGGCUCCGAGUCCGCCGCCCUCCCGGCCUGGAAGUCCGAAUCCUCUGCCUGGAAGUCCGCCUCCAGGGUCGACUGGGAGUCUUCUCCUGUGCAGAUGAAGGUAUCCUCUGGCCACUUGGAGUCCCGGGUGUACCGCUCCGCCGAAUCCCUACCGGUCCCUGCCGCCUCCGACCUGACGCAGAAGGCUGGCGAUAUGAGCAAGACCGUCUCCGCCCCUAGCUCUAGCCCCGCUGCCACCGGUGAGGACGCCGCCGCCAAGGACGUCACUGCCAAGGACGACACCGCCGCUAAGGGAAAAGAUGCCUUGAUGGGUUCAUUGUUUGGGUAG